UGUAUUGGGGGGGGUUACACCAUGUCCGAAGGAGGGGCCUCAGUGAACUGUGUCUGUCCUCAUUGGUUGACAGAGGCCCUCCUUCCUCCCUUUUAAAAGCCUGCGUUUUCACCUGAGAUACAAAAGAGCUGCAGCUCCUCGCCCAUUCACUCGUCUGUCAUCUCUCUUACUUCCUAAAAUACAUUUCUCUAAAAAGAAAAACAAAGGAACAAUCUUAGAACCUCUUCAAAGAACUUUUCAGUAAUUAUUUUCUCAUAGGUAACCGAGUCUAGCAGAGGCUGAGAAAAAAGGGAACACAUCACUGCCUUGCGAACGUCUAACCCUGAAAUCCUGAAAACUGAAUUUCUCCGCCUUUCGUCUUGCUGCGUGCCACUAUGCCAGGAGUCGUGGAUCGUAUGGAGCUGAGGAAAGUCUCCAUGGAGGCUGAUGACGACAGCACAGACAGCCUGGACGACCGCUACACUGAGCCCAUUGACUCUGAGAAGGCCACCAUCAGCAGUCAAUUUAUGGAUGAUAAUGACGACGCAGAAAGCCAGAAGUUCCUGUCAAAUGGGAUAAUGAAGAAGAAGAAAUACGAAGAAUACCAUGAAGAAUAUCACCCCGGCCAUGCCUCCUUCGGGAUGUCCGUCUUCAACCUGAGCAAUGCCAUCAUGGGCAGCGGCAUCCUGGGCCUGUCUUUCGCAAUGGCGAACACUGGCAUUGUUCUUUUUACAGUCCUCCUCGUCGGCGUGGCCAUCCUUUCCUUGUAUUCCGUGCAUCUUCUCCUCAUGACAGCAAAAGAAGGAGGAUCCCUCAUCUAUGAAAAGCUGGGGGAGAGAGCAUUCGGAUGGCCUGGGAAAAUGGCAGCAUUUGGAUCAAUUAUCAUGCAAAACAUUGGAGCCAUGUCAAGCUACCUCUUUAUUGUGAAGUAUGAGCUGCCUGAAGUGAUCCGAGCCUUCUUGGGUUUAGAAGAAAGCUCUGGUGAAUGGUACCUGAACGGAAACUACCUGGUGGUGUUUGUGUCGAUCGGAAUCAUUCUGCCUUUGUCUCUCCUUAAAAAUCUAGGCUACCUGGGCUACACCAGUGGUUUUUCCCUGUCCUGCAUGGUCUUCUUCCUGGGUGUGGUUAUAUACAAAAAGACCCAGCUGCCCUGCCCUCUUCCUUUCUUUUACCACCACUCGUCCAACCUCAGCAUAAAUGGCUCUGACAUGACGGGGUUGUACAUGCAACAGAACCACUCGGCGCAAAUGGAUUUCUCCCGAGCCGAUGUUUCCCCGGCGGUCCUGGGAAGCCACGAUGCUCACCACUCCACCGGUGUCCACUUCGAGCCUCACCCCGAUGACGAGGAGAUGUGCACACCCAAAUACUUUGUCUUCAACUCACAGACAGCGUACACUGUGCCAAUCCUGGCCUUUGCCUUCGUCUGCCAUCCUGAAGUCCUGCCUAUCUACAGUGAGCUGAAAGAUCGCAGCAGGAAAAAGAUGCAGAACGUUUCCAACCUGUCCAUCUUGGCUAUGCUCAUCAUGUACAUGCUGUCGGCGCUGUUCGGCUACCUCACGUUUUAUGAUAAUGUGGAAGCAGAGUUGCUCCACACCUUCACCAAGGUUUACAAGUUCGACACCAUGUUGCUGCUGGUUCGCUUGGCUGUUCUCACUGCAGUCACUCUGACUGUCCCCAUCGUGCUGUUCCCUAUCCGCUCCUCCAUCACCACGUUGUUAUUCAGCGGUCGAGAGUUCAGCUGGACUCGCCACAUGCUGAUCGCCGCUGCAAUUCUGGCCUUCAACAACAUGCUGGUGAUCUUCGUUCCUACCAUCAGAGACAUCUUCGGCUUCAUCGGUUCUUCUGCCGCCACCAUGCUCAUCUUCAUCCUACCCGCUGCCUUUUACCUCCGCCUGGUAAAAUCACUGCCGUUCCGCUCCCCACAGAAGAUCGGGGCGACCAUCUUCCUGGUUGUGGGAAUCGUCUUCAUGAUUGGCAGCUUGACGCUCAUCGUCCUCGACUGGGUUCACAACCCCCCAGGCUCCAGCGGUGGUCACUAAGCUUUCCUCCUCUGAUUCACAUUAAGAGUGCAGCGACCUCCCCAAAACACCAGCUUCACCCCACCACUACCACCACCACCACCACCACCACCCACCAAGUCUCAUCUGCCUCAGCUGGUCCCACAUCUGGGAAAAGGUUCCCUUCGCUUCAUCAAAUCUCAAAUAUCAAUCAUAAAACCUCAACGUAAGAACAUGAUGCGCUGCACUGGGUUAAGACAUCCCCCCAGAGAAUAUCACUGGAGGGGAAUUUUUAAGCUUGCUUUAUACUUUUUUGUCUUUUUUUUUUUCUUUGUUGCUCUAAAAUUCUGGAUGUGACACAACACAAACAAGAAUAUCAGAACCCAGAGAGCGGGAAACAGGCUCUGGUUUAAAGUGCCACCAAGAUAACCUGAAAUUAUCAUCAUCAUCAUUGUUAUUUCCAUGAAGAGACAGAACAAACACACACUGUGUAUCUCUCAUCUGAAGCAAAUCUGUGAACAGCAACUUGCAGGGCUGGAAAGACAAUGCGAGUCCCUUAGUCCUCUGCACACUUGAAGGAGACAUUUGGAGUUGGAGUGUGUCGUCCUCCAUGAAACAAGGAGCACUUCUAGCAUUACAUUUCACUUUGUGAAAGAUCUAACACACAUGUGCACGCAUGCAUAAUCAUAUAUAGAUAUAUCAAAACACAUCUGCAGCUGUUUUACCCAUCAAUACCUGAAAUCAAACCAGCAGAUCUCUGGCUGGUCUAGCUACAUGUUAACAAUCAGAAGCUUUGCCUACAUGCACAUACAGUUUCAGUUGAUCAGGUUCAUGCUAGAGCUUCCCAGCUCCACAUUAAAGGAUCUUCCUUGCCAGCUGUUUUCAUCCUGGCUGUGUGCACGAAGCAAGGCGAUGCUUUCAGUAUUAAUGUCACAGAGGGAUCUGAACAUGCAAAGUAUGAAUGUACAUAAGUGUAUCUACUGAAAAAAAUGAGUGUUGUACAUAAUAUCGUACUUGAGCUCAUACGGCUCUCUGCCAUUCAGGUUGUAUGAAGUUGAAUCAUCAUUUCAAACACAUAAAUAUACACCUGCUGGAAUCAUUUAUAGGGCACUUGAUAAGGCUGUACAGCCCAGUAUAUAUGUAUAAAAACAAUUUUAAAGUAUGUAGUUUAGAAGAGAACAAUUGGACAAUGCAGAAAUUAAUUAAAUGUGACCAACAGAGCAAAACUGGAAAUAGGUAUUUUAAAAAUGUAAAUUCAAGAUGCCGAGAUUUUAAGUAAAAUAUUUUCAACUUGUGCCGAACUAUCCUCAUCACUGCCAAAUGAAAAGCAUCAUCCUCUCCAAAACAUAAUAACAUUCAAUAAUGUACGUAGUGAUUUGGAAGAAGCUGGGUGGUAAACAAUAUCAGUACGUAAUAAAUACAGUGUUGAUUUCUAUACUAAUAUGCAGAGGAUAUGUGCAACACAGUAAACCAGGCUCAAAAACUAGGCUUCUUUUAUAAUUUCUCACUCAAAUGAUGAAAUUUGUGUCUUUAAAUGGUCAUAAUUAAUGUGUUUAAAAAUGAGUUUGUUUAUGUUAUUGUUCCAGAAAUUUGGGAAAUAUGUUUUUGAGCACUUCAAGCAGAGCACACAGGUCAUUACAUCUGUAUUCACAAGAAUAAGGUUCAGUCAUUAAGCUCAGUAGAUUGAUUAUCAAGUUAUUACAUGAUUUUAGAAUUCACUCUGUCACUGUCAUUUCUACACUCAUACCCAAAAUUAUCAUACACGUUUGAAAAUUUCCUAAUAUUUUUUAUCUAAAAUUUUAAUCAGAUAAUAAAAAUUGUAACAUGACAAUAAUUUUUAUUUAUGCCUUUUAGAUCUUCUCGUUAUAAUUGGCUUCUAAUACUGAUGCCUUUGGUAGAAUCAUUGACAGCAACAUCAAUACCCCAGAUUCAUUCAUAUGACUUGUUCCCCAAUGCCAUCACGUGUCAUGAACACAUCCAGCCAAAGUGGACAACAUUUAUAGAUCCUUUGCGGAUCUACAUACAUGAAACAAAUAGAUAUUUCAAAUGAAAUAGUGUAUUAUGUGCAUGUUUUUGGAUUACAAACAUGGUCUUUUUGGACAAUUGUAUAUGCUCUGUAAAUAAUCUUUAUUUUAUGGUACACUGACACUCAUUGUCUGUGAGUGGGUUGUCGAGGGGAUUCUGCCUUACAAGUCUUCUGCAAUCCAGUGUUUGUUUUAGUUUAUAUAUAAAUAUAUAUAACUUGUAUUAGACAUUUUUUCUUGCUGUAUGACAGUAGUGUUUUUUUUCCUUUAUUUGAAGCUUGUAUAUUUGUAGAAAAUUGGGUUUCUAUAUAUCCAUUUUCAUUUUCUAAUGUUAGCUUGUCAUAUCAGGAUGAUCAACGGCCUACUUCAUAACAGUUUAUCACAUGGUUUUCCCAGAAGUCUCAGAAACAAGGCAACAAGUUUCAGUGACUUAUCAGCUCCUGCUGAGUAAUACUGGGUUGAAAUCAAAGGCACGAGUAAGCAGUUGAUGAAUGUUUUUUGAAAACAGGCAGAAGCAAGAUGAGAUCAUCUCAAGUAUUUUGUGCCCACACUACAGGAAGGUUCUUACAGGACAGAACACCUCAAUAACUUGUUAUAAGAGCUCAUGUCUUUCUAUUAUUUACAGAUUGGCACGUAAUAGCAUGUAUGCAAACGCGUAACUGUACACCGAUGCUAACAUAUAGCUACAUGUACCUCUAAGACAGGAUAACAAAAUGCACAAGAACCUUCCAUGUUUGCCAGUUUUGAAGCUCUACCAGGACAAUCGUACACAGUUCUACAAUGUAUAUCACUGCUGUCAUACAAAAAAAAACCUUUUCAAAUCUAGUUUUGGUGAGGUUUUAUUUCUGUGACGUUACUUGAACUGAAGCUUUCCAUGGUCUGAUAAAGUCAGCAAGCUUGACUGAGGGGUCCACACGGCCCACUCAGUACCUGUUAUGAAUGUCCAAUAAUGUAUUGUUCUCAGUUUGAAAAUCUGGUGUACUCUUUCUAAAUUUUCCAAAUGUUUGGCUGCAACUUAGUUAGCCUCCUGCCGUGAGAGACUCAUUCUGCUCACAGGCAGUUUUUAACAGAAUUCUCCCAACACCACACCUCUACCCCUUUAGUAUCUCAGGUAUUCAGUCUGGAUGAAUUUCUGUCUUAUUCUAGAUACAUUCAAAUCUCUUCACCUCUUUUGCAUGAUUGAGCCAAGAUGUACAAUGCUGUUGUAUAUUGUGCUGGCCUAGAUGAGAAGUCGUCUUGUGGAUUUGUAGAUGCAGACCCCAGCUAACGUUGACAGUGUUAGAGGAGUUGUACAGAACCACCUGCCUUAUUUUUCUAUGGACCCUCAGCCGUGGAGAAGCACUGGCUCAAUGUUUCUGCUGUUCACAGCGUGUCUGCUUCCUGUGGAUCAGGCUGAACAUUCAGAUUUGUAAUUUUACCCAAACAAAGGGGAUGUUCUUUUUUAUCAGUGAUGCUGUUUCAUUAUGAUGACCAAUAAAAAUGUGAAAUGAAAAAGUU